AUGUCGGCCGACUCGGAAGUCCUCACUUAUCCUAACUGGGUGUUUUCUAUGUUUGCUUUCAUUGGCUUCUUGCUGUCCAUCAUCCCCCUGCCGUGGCACUUGGAAGCUUGGAACACAGGAACUUGUCUUUUUAUGAUUUGGACUGGUUUAGCCUGUCUCAACCAAUUCAUUAACUCGAUCAUUUGGAAUGGCAAUGUUAUCAACUGGGCCCCCGUUUGGUGCGACAUCUCUACUCGCUUCAUGAUUGGCUCCGCUGUAGCUAUUCCUGCUGCGUCGCUUUGCAUCAAUCGUCGUUUGUACUACAUUGCAACGGCGAAUGCAGUCACAAUCACCAAGUCGGAGAGGCGUCGCGCUGUUUUGGUUGAUUUGGGCAUUGGUAUCGGGAUACCUGUCCUUGAAAUGGUUUUGCAAUACAUCGAUCAGGGUCAUCGUUUCAAUAUCUUCGAAGAUAUUGGUUGCUAUCCUUUCACUUACAACACCUGGGUUGCAUAUGUUGUUGAUGUCACUUGGCCCCUCGCAAUCGGAUGUGUUUCAGCGGUCUACUGUUUGUUGAGUAUCAGAUCAUUCAACAAGCGUCGAGCGCAGUUCAAGGAACUGCUGUCCGCAAACAAUAAUCUCAACUCGAACAGAUACUUCCGUUUGAUGUGUCUGGCUGCCACCGAAAUCCUCUGCACUAUCCCGCUCAGCUGUUGGUCUAUUUACCUGAAUGUCACGUCGCAACCCAUCCAGCCCUGGAAGGGAUGGGACGAUACUCAUUCCGAUUUUUCCAGGGUCGGCCAGUACCCCUCAGUCAUCUGGCAUCUGGACAAGGGAACCGCGAUUUCUCUGGAGACCAGUCGAUGGUUCGUCAUCUUCUGCUCGAUGGUUUUUUUCGCCUACUUCGGCUUCGCCGAUGAAGCGAGGAAAAAUUAUCGUGCUGCGAUCGAUUCCGUCGCUAAGCGCGUUGGGUUAUCGACUGGCGGUUCGUUCGGUUCAACUCUCUGGAGUUCAACAGGGUAA